UGCUGCUUUAUAAGUGUUUUUUCUUGUAGUAGCUUAAUUGGCAAGGUUGGCUUUUGCUUUAGCUGCUUGUCUUUAGUUUUGGUCUAAAGAGAGAAAAAAAAAAAGAGUAAGAGAGAGAGAGAGAGAGAGAGAGAGAGAGAUGGAAAAGUUGUCUGGGUUGAGUCACCUCUUCAUGACAAUCUUUCUUCAUAACUUCUCAACAUUCAUGGUGAUACCAGCCAUCACCGACGUUGCUAUGACUGCACUUUGUCCUGGAUUAGACGAAUGCUCACUCGCAAUUUACCUCACUGGUUUUCAACAGGCGAUCAUAGGGCUGGGAACAUUGGUGAUGACACCUCUGGUGGGUAAUCUCUCUGACAAGUAUGGUCGGAAAACUUUGCUCACAGUUCCAAUGAUUCUCACCAUCAUACCUCUAGGCAUAUUGGCCUACAGCAGAGCGAGGACCUUCUUCUAUGUGUACUAUGUGUUCAAGACCCUCACGGCAAUGAUUUGUGAAGGAAGCGUUCACUGCCUUUCCCUUGCUUAUGUGGCAGAUAAUGUUCCAGAAGGACAGCGAGCUUCGUCAUUCGGAAUUUUAUCAGGGAUCGGAUCAGCUGCAUUCGUUUGUGGAACCCUGUCCACUCGUUUUCUUUCCACUGCUUCUACUUUCCAGGUUGCGGCUUCCGUGGCAGUAAUGGCAGCUGUGUACAUGAGAAUUUUCCUCCCUGAUUCCAUCGCAGACGAUGCUCUUUCUGUCCCAAUACUCUCAAAGGAGAAACUCAAUGUUGUAAAAUCAAAAUCAGAUGGAGAUUCAGCUCCCAAGACUGUGCAGAUUUUCAAACCAAUGCCUUCUUUUGAGGAUAUGCUCUCCUUGCUCAAGACUAGCUCAACAUUUUCCCAAGCUGCAAUUGUUGCGUUUUUCAGUAGUCUUGCAGAUGUUGGACUUCAUGCUUCUAUGAUGUAUUACUUAAAGGCCAGCUUUCACUUUAGUAAGAAUCAGUUUGCUGACUUGAUGGUCAUAACUGGGAUUGCCGGGACCAUUUCACAGUUGCUUCUCAUGCCUAUGUUAGUUCCUGCUCUAGGAGAAGAGAAGCUGCUUUCAAUAGGACUCUUUUUUAGCUGUGCUCAUAUGUUUCUUUACAGCAUUGCGUGGUCCUUCUGGGUACCUUAUGUUGCUGCUAUGUUCUCCAUAUUGUUUGUUUUCUCACAGCCAUGUAUGAGGAGCAUUGUUUCUAAACAAGUUGGGUCAUGUGAACAGGGAAUGGCUCAAGGGUGUAUUUCAGGCAUAUGUUCCUUUGCCAAUGUUGUUUCUCCCUUGGCUUUCUCUCCUCUAACAGCUUUAUUUCUAUCUGAUGAUGCACCUUUCGAUUUCCCUGGAUUCAGUAUUAUGUGCAUCGGAUUUGCUUCGAUGAUAGCGUUUGUUCAGAGUAUGACAAUAAGGGCGGCUCCUCUCAUAUCAAGUCACUCAGUUAACAAUUGCAACUAUGCAGCGGUCUAGUAUUAAACGAUGUGAAUGCUCAAAACUGGAAGCAAGCUCCUUAGCAUUCUAAGACCUUCCACUUAUUCAUACGCAUAUUGAGCAGAAAUAUCCAAGUUUCAAGUUGCAACAAUUAUCUUGCCCCGGUAAUCAUGAGAAGCUUUAAAUUAUUUUAGACCAUUUGCUAGCUGUUCCCGUUGUCCGAAAUUUGGCAAUAGAUUUUACUUUUCAUGAAAGUUGCUCUCAAAGGUGACUAAUUGAAGAAACAAAGCCUGAGCCUAUUUUUGAAAAGCACAACAAUGGUAACAAUCAUUGUAAGGUCAUAGUUUAAGGACAUACAUGCCCUUUUUCACUUUCUAGCACAAUUUGGACUUGAAUAAGUAGGGUAAAAGAGAAGGGCAUAGUUGUUGAUAUGAAUGUAUUGGAUGGGUUACAGCUAGCUCUAUGUUAGUGAAAAUUUUCUGCCCAUCUGUUUAUUGCUUACUCUCUGUGAUUUUGCAAUUGAUCCAUGACUUUUGCAUUUA